AUCUUACUAAUUAAUUAAUUAUACCUUCAGAAUUAGUCUUCAGAAAACAUUAUUACCAAGUCAAUUUGCAGAAUGAAACUUCAAAAUACAAUUCUCACACUGAUCCUCUAUAAAUAAGAAUAUCCUGCCGGAAAAAACACAAACACGCGUACGGUCACCGGAAAAACAGAAAAUGGAGGAGAUAUCAGAAACUGCAAAAGCUUACUACGCAAAUUUAUCAGAAAAACAGAAACAUUUAGCAUCCGAUUUCUUCAAAGAAAUGGACGCAGACGGAGAUGGUAAAAUUACGUUCCAAGAAUACGAACAGCACAUCAAGAAAAUGAAGAGAUUCCAAACAAUUUCAUCAUCUGAAUUCUUUAAAAAGCUCGAUAAAAGCGGAGAUGGGAGCUUGGAUUUUGAUGAAUUCAUCGCGGUUCAUUAUUUAUGCUCGAGCGAAAGAAUUUAUUUUUGCGAUGAGUGUAAAGAGUUUUUAUAUGGAGUUUACUUCACUUGUGUUCAAUGUUUUGAUGGAAGUUCUGGUAAUAGUUACGAUCUUUGUUGUUCUUGUUAUCGGGACAAAAAUAUUAAUCAUCAUAAAGAUGCUUUGUUUCUUGACAAUUAUACACUUUUGCAAGCUAAGAGACAACAACAGCUCAAGGGAUCUGCAGGCCAGGGCUCAAGAGGAGUUUCAGAAACAGUGGAACUUGCAAACUUUGGAAUUCAAACCACAGCAACUGUUGUCGGUUUAUGCAGCCUGAUGUAGCAAAAAAAUUACUUUACAUAGGAAUAAUUGUCAUAGUGCUCCGAUUUUUUUUAAUCUGCCAAUUUAGUAUUUGAAUUAUUAUUUUAGUUGAAUCAGUCAUUAAAUUCUAAACAAUUAGACAAAUAUUAUAUAAUUCUGAUA